AUGGGGAAUAAACAGACCAUCUUUACAGCACAGCAGCUAGACGCCUAUCAGGACUGUACAUAUUUUACAAGAAAAGAAAUUCUCAGACUGUUUGACCGCUAUCGGGAUUUGGCACCGCAACUCGUUCCCCUUGACUACACCAGCAACCCAGAUGUGAAGUUACCGUAUGAGCUGAUUGGCAGCAUGCCAGAGCUAAAGGACAACCCAUUUCGUCAGAGGAUCGCUGAGGUUUUCUCUGAGGACGGAGAGGGAAAUAUGACACUGGACGACUUCUUGGACAUGUUUUCAGUCCUGAGUGAGAUGGCUCCGCGUGACCUCAAGGCCUACUAUGCUUUCAAAAUUUAUGAUUUCAACAACGACGACUUUAUCUGCAAGUCAGACCUUGAGAAGACACUGAACAAACUGACCCGUAACGAGCUGACAGAAGACGAGGUAAGGAUGGUGUGUGAGAAGGUGAUAGAUGAGGCUGACUUGGACAACGAUGGACGCCUGUCACUGGAGGACUUCCAGCACAUGAUUGUUCGAGCUCCAGACUUCCUCAGCACCUUCCACAUAAGGAUAUAAAGAAAUGAAGCAAUCAUGUGCAUUUCUUAAUUUGAGUAUCACAUAAAGUGGACUUACAAUACUGCAGAAUGCCUGGAAAGUUGGGGGAUCCAGAAAGCAACUAUCAUUUUGUGAAUAACUUUAAUGUGAAUAAUUUUGUAAAAAGAAACACGAUCUUCAUCAGAGAUAAUCAGACUUUGCCAUUUAGCAACCAGAGGAAAUACUAUGAGUAACUAUGAAUUGUCUUGUCUUUAAUGGUACCAUUACUGCAAAUAGAUUGGAAUUGUACGAA